AUGAAGGAAACUGAAAGGCCAAUGCCAUCAUUGGCACCAAUCCAGCCCAAAACUAUAACGCUGAGUCAGUCGGUUGGUAGAAAUUCUAGCAUACCAGGACUUGGCAUUAUUAAUCCCCAGAUAAUUAGGAUCCAGCCCGUUACAGGAACUGAGCAGCAGCUAUUUCUGCACAGUUCUUCUGAGACUCCAGUUCAGGUGCUCAUGCAGAGACCUUUGCCAUCUCACGGAUCGGUGUCUGUGAACAAGAUUCCCACAUCCAAGGUGCGAAGCGGACAGAAAGCUACACGUGCCACAGGAUCGACUGCAAGGUCUCCGAAUGUUACCAUGGUUGCAGCCAGUUCAGCAAAUACUCUGAUAUCAUGUCUUGAAAAAAAACAGAAAGAUGACAAGUUAAAAAAGUCCUUGAAAGUGAAAACUCGUUCUGGACGGAUUUCGCGCCCCCCAAAGUACAAAGCUAAAGAUUAUAAAUUCAUUAAAAUGGAGGAUUUGGCUGAUGGUCAUCAGUCUGAUUCUGAUGACUAUUCUGAGCUGAGUAUAGAAGAUGAUGAAGAAGGAAAGGUGAAGGGAAAGGAUGCAUUAUUCAGUUCUUCAAAUUACAAUCUGAAACCCAGAAUGUUUAAAUGUCAGACUUGUGAAAAAUCCUAUAUAGGAAAAGGAGGAUUAGCAAGACAUUAUAAACUUAACCCAGGCCAUGGACAGCUGGAGUCUUCAUCUCAAAAAAUACUUUUAAAUAAGCCUAAUGGAAGUUUAUUUGUGGACAAUACCUGUGGAAUAAGAGAGGAAAUUAUAAGUCCAGCACAUCUGGAUUCAAUCACAGUCACUUUAAAUAAUGAAAAUGCACUAGCUACCAGUCUGGAAGAAACUAUUAAUUCAACAGCUGGAGAACAGACUUGUAAGCCUGCAGAAACCAGACACUUGUUGGCAGAACAACAAAAUGAAACCAGUUCAGGACAGCGGGGACCAGUAACGCCAAAAGGACCUGGAAGACCCAGACGAGCAAAGAGACGUGGUCGACCAAGGAUGGGUGGAAGAUCUAGGUGUUCUGGAAGGCUUAGCAGACCUGGUCAGUCCCCUUCAAAGUCACUUAGUAGUGUGUCAGCAGAACACAAUGUAUUCAGAAGAAAAGCUAGGUUAAAAGAGCUAAUACAACAGUGCGAUAACGAAGACUUAAUGGAGCUGGCUCUCCCACGUCUGACAAAGCUUGUUACAGUGUAUGAGUUUCUGUUGAUGAAGGUUGAAAAAGGGUAUCCAGCCAAAGCUUGCUUCCCAGAUGUGUACAGGGAAUUUGAAGACUUGCAUAAUAUGGUAAAGAAAAUGGCUUAUGAUCACCUCAGUAAUUCUGAUUUGCUGAGUUGCCAGCAGCCUGUUGAAAUAAAAGACGCUAAGGUUGCCGAAUCACUAGGAAUUGCAGAAAUACUCACUGGAGAAGGAAAGGCACAAGGUGUAGGCUCCUGUUCACAAUGUGUAACUAAAAUGGUUAGUGAGCAAGUGCCUGUGGAAACACUGGGACAAAAACGGUUAGCUGAGAGCUCAGGGGAGGAACUGUUGCCAUCAGCCAAAAGGACCAAGUUAGAAGACGUAAUGGGGACUGUGAAUAAUGCUUAUGCCAGUCAAGAUGAAGUGAAAGAAAAGAGUGGGAAUUUGUGUACACUGUUUGAAAAAGAUGGUUUUAAUCCAUUAAAUGGGGAGAUCCUGCUUUCAGAAGAUAGGCACAUCACUUGCUGCACAACUGGAAGCACGUUACCAGCAGCAGAGGAACAUAAUUCACUUGCUGAUUCAGGAGUUAGAAUCAAUACUGAAAAUUCAGGUACCUUCUCACAGACUAUGAAAAUGAGGAUAGAGUACUCCCAAGCUGUGAACGUAGAGGGACCAGAUAUGGCAGGUGACACACCUCUGCUGCAUACUGAAGUUGUACUGCCUGUGGAAGCUGAUGGCUCUCUGGAAUUAGUUCAAGCACACUUUGUGAGUGAGAACACAGCAGGUGGACUGUCAGCUCCUGAACUUUGCAGCUCUGUGCUGGAGAAUGCAACAGGUGAAGAAAAUGGUCACAAUCAAAAAUAUCAGAAACUGCAAGAAGAAAACGAUAACUUUGCAAUUAAAAGACAUUCUGAACAACUUCAUAGUGCCGAUAUGACUGGUGAGAUGCACGAACUUCAAAAAGUUUUUUCAACAAACAUUGUGCCAAUAAACUACCCCCACUGUGCUCAGACUGAGUCACCCCAGAAUCCUGUCCAGGAAGCCUCCCUGUCUGCUCAUGUGGACCAUGAAAACUCUUUUAAAAAUAUGACUGAAUUGUCUUGUGGGACAGAGGAGCAACACGAGCUGGAGAAUACAGUUACCGUAGAUGAAGCUGUAGCCUUUGAGAUUACUGAUGAGAGCCAUGAUUUUUUGUCUCAGGGACACGAACAGAUUUUUAUUCAGACUUCAGAUGGGCUAAUCCUGUCCCAUCCAGAUACUGCUCUUUUGUCUCAGGCAGAGGGUAUCGUCAUUGUCACCGAUGCCAGCGGGACUACGAUGCACAUCCGCACACCUGAGGGGAUCCCUCUGGAGACCGUGGAAGCACUACUGGCAAUGGAAGCAGAUGGCCAAAGUGAAGAGAUCCUGCUCUCGCAAAGUGAAUUGGAGCCAUAAACUAGAAAACUCUGUAUGCUUUCUUCUGGAAAAGACUGACUAUAAAAUGUAUAUUUUUCUAAUGUGAAUACUGAAAUAAUGGAAAUUUAACUUAUUUGUAAACUGUUUCUAUGCCCUGUACUUUUUAUAACUUAUGUUUAUAUAAAUCUAGCAGCAUUGCAACCAAAAAUUCUAGAAUUAACAUCACUCUAUUUGCUUUAUAUGUUGGAGGUGGGUGGAAAGUGGAAAUCUGUCAACCCUAUAACUGUUGCACUAUCCCCUUUUGUUACAUAAUUCCUUUUCUCUCUAGCCAUCUAAAAAUGCAAUUAAAUUGUACUGCUGCUCAGCAGUGAUGUGCUGUGUACUGGCAAGUUGUAUAUGGGUAAA